AAUAUUUAUUCACUAUCGAUGAAAUAAGCCUUCCAUAUGAAGUUGCAACCUUUUCGAACAUUCGCCACGGUUCGCUCAGAUUGGCACCUCGCGCCGAGCACCGCAAAUCUUUUAAACAUUCUGGUCUUUGAAUCGCCGGCUUCAACGUCGCUGUUGAUCCGAUAACUAGAGGAAGAAUUCUGGCGUGGAAAUGACGUCAACUGAAGGCUAUAAGCCGGAGUCGGGGCUUGCGGCCGAGAUAGAGGUGGAGGCCUACCACCGCCUCUUUCCCCUACAGUAUUAUGAGCGCCAUCUCGCAGAGUCCGUUCGCCCAGAUAGUCGAGCUCUUGGCCGCGCCAGAGAUACCACCAUCGCUCUCGGACCCGUAACUUCUGCCGACGGAUCCGCCUUAGUAAAAAUCGGAGAUACCACUGUGCUAGCAGCUAUUAAACUGGAAGUUAUGACCCCCUCUAUUGACUCCCCUGACGUGGGAAGCGUAGCUGUUGAUUUUCAAAUGCCACCAAUUUGUUCUCCUGUUGUUAGACCAGGGAGGCCAGCGGAGGUUGCGCCUGUUAUUGCCAAGCAGCUCUCAGAUGUCAUAAUGAGUUCUGGCAUGAUAAAUUUGCAAGAGCUCUCCUUGAUCAGUGGAAAGGCUGCUUGGAUGGCCUACCUGGACAUUUAUUGUCUUAAUGCCGAUGGUUCUCUGUUUGAUGCUGCAUUGCUCUCAGCAACGGCUGCAUUUUCUCAUUUGCAGAUUCCUUUAGUUUCUUUAAGUGAUGAUGGAAAAUUGAUUACUGUGUCUGAAGAACUGAAAGACAAAGCAGCAGUAGAGCCAGUGAAUAAAGAAAAUAGAAAGCUCACUAUUGCAGUUGCCCCGUUCUCACUAACAUGCAUAGUCCAUGGUAAGUAUAUUUUAGCGGACCCAACUUCGGAAGAAGAAUCAGUAAUGGACACCCACGUUACUGUAGUGUUAGAUUCAAAAGAGAGAUUGGUGUCAUUAUACAAAGCAGGUGGAGCAGUUCUGUUGCAUACAUCUGUUGUUAAGGAUUGCAUUGUGCUGGCAAAGCAGCGAAUGGAGGAGCUAAGCGAAAUUUUAAGGGAAUCACUCUCAGCAAUGGAAGUCGACUAAACUUUUCAGCGUUCGUGCAAGUUCGUUUUUGUUAGCCCUGUUUAUGAAAUCUCUUUGUUGCUUAAUUUCUUUGAGUUUAUAUUACUGGGGUUUUCUUGGUCCUUUAUCAUUUAUUUCUUCUCAAUUGUGAUUUGUAGCCAUUUAGCAUUUGCAAAUCAUGAAGUUGGGCCCAUGGUUGUUUUCUAUGGUGUCAAAAUUCUAUUAACUAAGAUAAAAAUUUAUCUUGA